UAACAUCACCACAAACGACUAAUGCAUUGCACUAUGGUGUUAUGACAGCUAUGACAUCACUAGGUGAUAGGAAUUUUUCAGCUGCAUUAUAAUGUUAUGGAACUGCUCUGGUAUAUCAUUAUAUUAUGUCAAUGAUUAUGCCAUCUGUUCUAAUUGAUAAUCCAAGGACAGUAUCCCCCACCCUCUGUUAUAAAUUUGGGGAGAUAAUAAUAAUUGCCAAUUAUAGUAACCAGGACCAUGUAGGAAGACUACUUGUAGCUGAAGAAUAUUAGACAAGGUGAUCGUAUACCCUUUUCCGGCUUACUCAUCCAUUUCCUUCCCAGGUAGAUUCUUCCGUAUAGACUUAUUAUGGAAGUCCUUUGCAGUGCAAAAUGGCAGAGGGAAACUUCUCUCCCACAGUCAUAGUUCCUUACCAGUUGGCUAAGAGAGAUUCCAUUGUCUGCAUCCUUUCCUUUAGAAACCUCAGGGACCCAGUGGUGGGGAGUACUCAUGCCCAUGAACUCUUUCCUUCCAGCCACACUUGGGUCUUGCUUUCUAGUUGGUGGUGGCAGUGUGACACCACAGCAUAGGGGGCCUGAGAGGCAAAAAUUUAGGCUUCCUACCUAUUUCAGAUGUGGAAGGGAAGCAAAGCCAUGGAAAUGAGCCCUGGCCCUUUUAGUAGCUGCUCAGGACCCCAGACCAGUGCACUUCAGCACUGCAAGACCUCUUGGCAUCUGGGAGAUAUUUUGGAGGAGUUUUGAGAGAAGAUUGGAAGAGAAAAGCAUGAGAAGGGAUUGAGAAGCUGCUAUGUGAAAGAAGUAGAUGAAAAGGGGAAGAUUUAGGAAGUGUUGGUAAGGGGCAAGAUGGCUGUCAUAGGUGAGUGAAAAAAACAUAAACUGUUUUUCCUCUGCUCUUACACCACAAAAGACUUCCAAAACAAAAUGUCUGCGGAUUUUCCCCACACACCAAGCAAGCAAGCAAUUCUGCAGUGGACACCAACUAGGUGUCCUUUAAUUCAAUUCAAUUCUGACAUAAUCUCUUUGGAAGGAGAUAGUAUCAGAUUUCACAGGUGAGGGCCCAGUCCCACAAGACUGCCCCUCACUUCUGAUGUCAGUCAUAAGGCCCAGGUUGUUUUACCUGUGCUUCUAACUGACCAGUUAUAAAUUGAGGUUUCUAGGACCACCUCCUUGGGUUCAAUUAAUUUGCUAGAGUGGCUCAUAGGACUCAGGGAAACAAAUUACCAGUUAUACACAUUAUAAAGGGUGUUACAAAGAAUACAAGUAUGGAGGAAGGAGUGCAAAGCUUCCACGCCCUCUCUGGUCUUGCCACUUUCCAGGAACUUGCAUGUGUUCAGCUAUGAGGAAGUUCUCUGAACCCAGUCCUUUGGAUUUUUAUGGAGCCUCCAUUACAUAGGCAUAAUUGACCAAAUCACUGGGCCAUUGGUGAUUAGUUUCACCUUCAGCUCCUCUGCCUCUCUGGAGGUUGGUGGGGCUAGGGCUGAAAAUCCUAACCCUCUAAUCAUGCCUUGGUUUUCUGGUGACCUACCUCCAUCCUACAGCUACCCAGAGGCUGCCAGCCUUAAUCAACUCAUGAGCAUACAAAAACAAACAAACAAACAAAAACAUCCCUUUAGAAAUUCUAAAGAUCUUAGGAGUUGUAUAUCAGGAAACAGGUCAAAGAUGAAAUAUCUAUUUUACAUUGUCACACAGUGUUUGAAAAAUAAGAGCAAAGAGAUGGAGUUAUUUGGAAUUAUUUAGUAGCUAAACUGUUGUUAUUUUGUUUGUUUGGUUGGUUGGUUUUUUGUCUUGUUUUGAGAGGAGAGAAGUUAGGGAUGUGAUAAGCAUUUUGGGGGAGAGGGUCCUUGGUUUUUACAAAAUUAUCAAAAGAGUAAGAAUCUACUGGUAUUUGUGAAAUAUUUUAAUAGACCCUAUAUUUACUACUUUGGUAAAUCAAAAGCAAAUUCUUCAUCAGGAAAAAUAUUGGGAAAUGCUGUUCUAGUCUGAUAUUGUGAUGAGAUUUACUAAUGCCUAAUUAACUCAUAUAAUUCUCUCAAAUUGAGUUUUCCCAUUUUAUUUGACAACAGAUGUCCAAAGAAGUAAGUUUUUAUUAUCUUUAGAGGUCAUGAGUGCCUCAAAAUAUUAUAUAUUGAUGACUAGACCCAUAAAAGCAUGAGAACUCUAAAUAAAAAUGACUCAUAAUAAGCUUUUAUUCAAUGUUUAUGUGUGUGCUGCACUUUGAGAUUCCUCAGUGGUAUUUCUGCAUUAUAAUCUGUUUGGAAUGUGUAUCCACUAUGAUAUCAUGGAAAUUUAACUGUGGUCAUAUUGCAGCUUGGCAAGACAGUACUUGAAUGAGACUCUCCCCAGAAUCAUUGGCACAAAAACAAACAAAAACAUCAUCCAGCUUCUUUUUGUUGAGAUACUGAUAAGAUCUGUUGUUAUGACCCUUUUUUCCACCUUUUAGCAGUACAGAAUUAAUAUGUGAAACAUAAACAAUUUCUGGAAGACUAGAAGGUAGAGAAAGACAUUAGGAUUUUUUUAAAGGAUGUGGCCUUGUUCAUAUUUAAGUCUCAUAACCACAGCUACUGUCUUGGUCAUUUUUGUGCUGCUGUAACAGAUUACCACAGACUGGAUAAUGUAUAAUAAACAAAAAUUUAUUGGCUCACAGUUCCGUAUGCUCAGAAGUCUAAAAUUAAGAGGCUGGUAUCUGUCAAGAGUCUUUUUGUCACAUGUCUGAAGGCUGAAGGUCAGGGUGUGGGGUGGGUGAGUGCUCACACAAAAGGUAUCUGAACUCGCCCUUCCGUAGGGAACCUACUUCUGAAAUAACAGCAUUAAUCCAUUCAUGACGGCAGAGCAGUCAUGGCCAAUAACCUUUCAAGGUCCCACUUCCUAAUACUGUUACAGUGGCAAUCAAAUUUCAAACAUGAGUUUUGUAGAGAACAAUUAUUCAAAUCAUAGCAGCUACAAAUCCAGUGUUUUCAGGUAUACUCUUUUAUGAAUGCAUUCCUCUUAGGGUUUGUUUGUUCUGUAUCUUGUUCCUCAGUUUGAAAAGUAUUUGAAGAAUGACCGUUGGGCUGAAGCACAUUCUCAUCUCAUAUUAGUUCAUACUGCCACCUUAAUGGAAUGAUAAUAGUAAGUACUUGUUCACUAGGAACGAGUAUGUGUGAGAGAAAAGACACCAAAGCGCAAAAUUUCAGAUCAAACCUAAAAUUUGUCCCUCUUUUUGUGGGUAUGUUUUAGAUUUUGUGUUUUUGGGGAAAGUGUUACACAUACAAGUUAAAUACACAGAUAUUUAUAGAGGAUCCUUACGCAAAGAGGCACUGUGUUUAUCUCUACAUGGAUACAGUAGUUAAGAUACAGUGUUUGUAUUCUCCAUCUAUAAUACUUGUAAUAGAUAAAGCUGAAUGGUAGGUUGGGCUUCUUCUGUUGUAGGACUUGUUAAGGAUAAAGAAUAUGAUUAUAAUUCAUUAUGCAGUAGAUUGCCAUUUAAAAUUUAUGAGCUUGGGAAUGACAUGGUUAGAGUUUUAAGGCAAGUGACUUUGGAAGCAGGUGAAGUGGAUUGAAAGGCUAUUAAGAUGACUGCAGAAGAUCAGUAUCAUCCAGAUAAACAAAGUACAGAUGUACCAGCAGGAACAGUGGAGAAAUGUAUCCAGAAGUUCAUUGAAAUUGAUCAGGCAUGGAAAAUUCUAGGGAAUGAAGAAACGAAAAAGGAGUAUGACCUGCAGUGGCAUGAAGAUGAUCUAAGAAAUAUGGGGCCAGUAGAUGCUCAAAUAUAUCUUGAAGAAAUGUCUUGGAAUGAAGAUGAUCACUCUUUUUCUCUGAGUUGCCGAUGUGGUGGAAAAUACAGUGUUUCCAAGGAUGAAGCAGAAGAAGUUAACUUGAUUUCUUGUGAUACAUGUUCACUAAUUGUAGAAGUCCUUCGUUAUAACUAAAAUUGUUCACUGCUGAGAAUCA